CGAAACUAAGCUUUUUUCUUACUUCAAUUUUUGGUGUAUCUUUAAUUUUGUAUAGAGCUGGAACCAAAAAACUAAUCAUAGAAAAAUAAAAUUCAAAGUAAAAUAAGAAGAACAUUUGUAGUCUUGGGUUUCUAUAUUCGUCUAUGUGUAUGUAUAUGCAUAGAUAUGGAUGAUAAAAACAAUUCAAUAUCAUGGUAUUUUGUUCUGAUUCUGAUUUCUCUUGUCUUCUUGUCAUCCAAAAACCGUCUUUCAGUUGCAGUUGAUACCCUCUCAGUAGGCGAAUCUUUAAUUGGAAACAAGACGCUUACAUCAAAAGGAGGCGACUUUGAGUUGGGUUUUUUCAGACCAGGUAAGUCUCUGAAUUGGUACAUAGGUAUCUGGUAUAGAAAAGUACCAUUUCAAUACUUAACAGUAGUUUGGGUAGCAAACAGAGAUAGGCCCCUUACAGACUCGUCUACUUCAGAACUGAAGCUCUUAGAGAACGGAACUCUAGUUCUCUAUGACACAUCCCAAGUCCCGAUUUGGUCAACUAGUUUGAGCUCAAGCACUACAUUGAGUUCCUCUCAAGUGCUGCUUGGCGAUGAAGGAAAUCUUGUUGUGAGAGAUGUGUCAAACGCUUCUGCCGUGAUUUGGCAGAGCUUUGAUGAACCUACUAAUACAUGGCUAGCUGGUGGAAAAUUUGGGUUUGACAAACGUACAAACAAAUCUCAACGCCUUAUUUCAUGGAGAAACGAAGAAGAUCCUGCUCCUGGUAUAUUCUCUUUACAAGUGGAAAUAAAAGAAAACAUCCAGCUUAUUAUGAAGUGGAACAUGUUUAAUAUGUAUUGGGCUAGUGGAGAAUGGAACAGGCAGCGCGAAGCCUUUCGUUUGAUUCCUGAGAUGAGAUCAAACCAUAUUUACAAGUUUAGCCAUGAAACAAACGAUGAAGAAACCUACUUUACCUAUGCACUUUAUGAUACCAGUAUUUAUACUAGAUUUGUAGUGGAUUUGUCUGGACAAAUGAAGCUAUUAACAUGGUCCGGUCAAACUGCUGAGUGGAAAUCGAUUUGGUUGGGACCAAAUAAUACUUGUGAUGUUUAUGGCGUUUGUGGGGCAUUUGGUGUCUGCCACCAGGUUACUAUGACAUGUAGUUGCUUACAAGGUUUCAGAGAAGACUCUUCAAAAGAUUGGAGUUUAGGCGGUUCAACUGGUAGGUGCGUUAGGAAAGCCCCUUUGCAGUGUGGGAGCAAUGUUGGUUUUUCACGAAUUGUGAACAUGAGCCUGCCUCCCCAGUCUAAUAUUUCCGGAGUUAAUAGCCUUGGAUUAUGCUAUUUUGCUUGCGCGGACAAAUGCUCAUGUAAUGCUUAUGCUUAUAGUGGUAGCAAAGGGUGCUCAAUAUGGGAUGGAGAGUUGUUAAAUCUGAAACUUUCAGAUGCUGACCCUGGCGGAAGAGAUCUCUAUCUCAAAUUUUCCAAAUUUUCUUUGGCAGCUGCAUGUGCCAUAUGUGUCUUCGGCUACUUGUUCAGUAGGAUGGCUGAUCAAAGAGGAACUAUGCAGAGAUCACUGAAAAGAGUCAAAAGACUACUGAUUGGUUUCAAACACUUUCCAGAAGAUUCUGCAAAUAAAAAAUUGUUAAAAGGUGGUGUACCAAACGGAGAAAAACCUGAAUUACGGCUGUAUGACUUUGCUGGUAUAGCUGAUGCAACCAACAACUUUUGUUCAACGAAUAAGCUUGGAGAGGGGGGUUUUGGGCCAGUGUAUAAGGGAAAAUUACAAAAUGGUCAAGAAAUAGCAGUGAAAAGACUUUCCAAAAGCUCAAGGCAGGGGAUUGAAGAGUUGAAGAAUGAGGUUAUACUCAUCUCCAAACUCCAACAUCGGAACCUUGUUAAGCUUUUGGGUUACUGCGGCCAAGGAGAAGAAGACAUGCUGGUUUAUGAAUACAUGCCCAAUAAAAGCUUGGAUGCAUUCUCUUUGGUUUAUUCAAGAGAAAGUGCACUCUUGGAUUGGAACAAACGCUUUAAUAUUAUUGGAGGGAUUGCACGGGGCCUUCUCUACCUUCACCGCGACUCUCGAUUGAGGGUUAUUCAUAGAGAUCUCAAAGUAAGCAACAUUCUAUUAGAUGAAAACAUGAACCCGAAAAUUUCAGACUUUGGCAUGGCGCGGAUAUUUGAAGGGAACCAAACAAUAGCUAAUACUAGUAGGGCGGUUGGCACAUUCGGUUAUAUGUCACCAGAGUAUAUAAUGGGAGGAACAUUUUCAGAAAAAUCUGACGUCUUUAGUUUCGGAGUGUUGAUGCUAGAGAUUGUAAGCAGUAAGAGGAAUAAUAGCUUUUACGAUCCCGAGCAACCUUUAAACCUUUUACUUCAUGCUUGGAGGCUCUGGAAUGAAGGCAAAUGGUCAGAGAUUAUCGACGAAGCUUUGGGUGAUUCAUAUACUCCAUCAGAAGCUAUGAAAUGUAUUCAUAUUGGGCUGUUAUGUGUUCAAACUAGAGCAGUAGAUAGGCCAACAAUGUCAGCAGUGGAUCUCAUGCUUGGCAGUGAAACUGAUCGUCCAACUCCCAAAGAACCUCCAUUUGCCUCCUCAACCUCAUCAGAUAAGUCUAGAUUCUUACAGAUUUACUGCUCCAAUAACAAUCUCACUCAAACUACGGUCGCAGGUCGAUAACAUUUCCUUUCAUCCGUAACGCAAGUCUGCAGUUCUUGAAAUUUAUGCAAACUCAACGCAUGACUUGAUUUUUACUAAAUUACUUGAGAAAUUAUCUCAUGAUGCACACGAUUGUUAGGCUGAAAGAAUUAUCUCAUAAUCUAUAAUAGAUGCAUAGAGCUGACCACUUAUAAAUAACUAGAAAAUUAAUGUUGGAAU